UGAAGAAGAAGAAGAACAACAAGAAGCAGAAGUCGGCGGAUUCGUUUGUCGGUAGUUUCCCCAAACAUUGACAGUCAUGGCUGCUUCCAUCGAGAGUUUACUGGAGGAAAUCUCCGGUGUUGAAGAUCCAAUUGAAGAGCUACAGAGUUUAAAAACAGCUUUAUUAUCGAUACCUCUCAGCGCUUUGAGAGACUCAGUGAGCGGACAGCGUUUCAAUGUGAUAUUCUCUCUGUUAACCUCAAAUCAAAGGGAGCAGGUUGAGCUGUGUGUGGACAUCCUUGAACGCAUCUUAAUGGCCCUCAGCCCUGUAAGCCUGGCCCAGAACUACAGAGUGGAGUUGCAAGAGGGUCUGACUCAUCCUAAUGAAAAGGUUAAGAUACUGGCCUUGACACAGAUUGGAAGAAUAGUGGAGCAACCCGACGCUGCCACUGAAAUCCUCAACAACCAUGACGUUCUUCGAGCGGUGAUCCACUGCAUCAGAGAAGAGAAGAUGGCUGUGGCAAAGCAGGCCAUCCAGUCCUUGUCUAAACUGAGUCACUUCAAGCUUGGGCUAGACAAAUUGUUCCAGAGCGACCUGCUGAAAGUUAUGAAGGAUGUGAUGGCCACAAGUGACAUUGUCAGGUACAGAAUAUAUGAGCUGGUGGUGGAAAUCUCGUCUGUAUCUCCCAUUUCCCUUGGUUACUGUGCCAACAGUGGCUUCAUUUCUCAGCUGAUUGGAGAACUGACAGGAGAUGAUGUAUUGAUCAGAGCCACAGCCAUUGAGAUGGUGACCACUCUAGCCCACAGUCAGCAUGGCCGGCAGUAUUUGUCCCAGCAGGGUAUAAUGGACAAGAUCUCCAACAUGAUCAGAGGAGCAGAGACUGACUCCUUCUCCUCCCUCUACCUUCCUGGUUUGGUGAAGUUCUUUGGAAACCUGGCCAUUAUGGACAGCCCACAGCAGGUUUGUGAAACCUACCCGGCCUUCCAGAACAAGGUGUUUGAGAUGGCUCUGGACCCGGACCCUGCGAUGAUCGGCGUGGCUCUGGACACUUUGGGAUUACUCGGAUCUACUGUGGAGGGGAAGCAGGUGCUUCAGAAAACAGGAGAAAAGUUCAAGGCUGUGUUGUUAAGAAUGAGCCAACUUGCCAGCUCUGGAGCUACAGAUCUCAGAGUGCGCAGCUUGGACGCCAUAUCACACCUUCUCACUUUACAGCCAGAGCAGCAGACAGAAGACCUCUUGGCCCUGACAGAGUCCUGGUUCCACCUUUUGUCUAAACAGCCCAUGGACAUGAUUUGCGACAUUAGCACUCAGCCAUUCCCAGAGCUGCAUUGUGGGGCUCUGCGGAUAUUCACUGCCAUUGCCACUCAGCCAUGGGGUCAGAAGUUAAUGAUCAGCACUCCCAGUUUCAUGGAGUUUAUUCUGGAUCGUUCAACGGGUCAGUCAAAGGAGGCCAAAGAUGCUAAGUUUGAACUGGUGGGGUCACUUGUGGGCUCAUCAACAGCAGCAGAGAUACUGGGCAGCCAGCAUUACAUCCGUCUGAAGACUUAUCUCAGAGAGGGACCUUACUAUGUUUCAGCUGUGGCCACAGUGAGCACAGAAGGAGCAGACUGAUUCAAACAAACUCAGAUACACUUCAUGGAUUUCUAAUUAAUGCUUAAGUAAAGGGUAACUUCCUGAAUAAUCUAACCGUGUGUUAACAUAUUAUACUUUGUCUAUUUGUUUUUGUCUAUAACUAUUUCUCUGAUAAAUACAUAAAUAGUUCUAACAAAUCAGGACAUGGUGUUAACUAGCUCAGUUGAUUAAAACUUCUUAAUUUUUCAACAUAAGUUGACAAAAAUGCUUAUGAAUGUUCACAACUACGACAUUAACUCGUAAAAGGAUGAUUUAAAGGAUUGACUUUGAAAGUAUUUAGAAACAAAUUAGUAAUUCAUCUUAAUUACUUGCUUUGCUUGAGCCUUCAGCUGUUCUUCAUUUAGGUUAUCUACAGACAUUAUAUUUAUCAGUAUUUUCUGAUAGGACAUUAACAUUUAACAUCUGAUCAUUAUCUUCAGUCAUUUUUCUUUAUUUAACUAACAUGAGUAAAUCUAGUAUUGUAAAUAUGUGUAUCCUCUAACUAAGGGGGAGUAAUGAAAAUAAAAUGUAAGGUUUCCAAAUGUAAUUCUACCUUUAAAAUUCUUUUGAAAUGGUGAAAACAGUGUUCAGGCUAAUUCAAGUGGCUGACUCACUUUUAGUAGCUUUAUAAACAUAUGACAUGUUGUUUUGGGCAGAGUUUGUUUUUGCCAUAUUUAGUAACUACAACUGUGGAAUAAAUAUAGUAGAGUGGCAAGUAAAGUAUUGAAAUGUGAGAGUAAAGGGACAAAAUCCCCUCAAACAGUUUUUAUUAUCAGUACUACUACAUUAAAGGGGCACUGUUUUAUACAUGAAGUUCAGUUUAUUCAUCAUAAGGAGUACUACACAGCCUGUGAAAACAGUUGUAUAAUGUCAUUAGGGUUUUCUCACUUUGGGCUUAGAGACCGCAAAUUUUUAACAGAAAGCCUGCAUUACAAACUGCAGGCUUGGUGUUUGUAAGACUUGUGCAACUGGAAGACAGGAAAGGUCUAAUGAAAGAUGUUAUUGAGUUGCAUUAUGGGAAAUGUAGGAGCCAGUGUUUUUUGAGCUUGAUCCAUAUUAGAGACUAAAAGUUAAGAUAUCUCGGAAUCUGCUGCUUUGAUUUUCUCUUCUAAAUCACCCAACUUUAUAGAAAUGCAACACUAAAUCGCUGGAGUGUCCCUUUAACAGUUAAUUGCCGUAAGUGCACAAGCAGAAUUGGCAUUAUAAGAUGAUGGAUACCAGUGCACAUCACUGUAUCUCCACAUCAUAUGACAACAAGUCAGCCUGGUCCACAUGGUAUGUUAACACAUGUUUACAUACUGAGUCUUUACCAAUUACUUAAGCAAUAAUUAAAGAACUUACCCUCAAAUUAUACAGUAUCUUUCAAAUCAAACUGGAUUUGACCAAAAAUGCCUUGUUAAUUAGAUCUCCGCUCUCCAAGUCCUUCAGACUUAAUUUGUUUGUAUCAUAUAUAUUUUUGUUUAGAAAAUGUUUUGUUUUUUUGUAAUUAAAGAAGAUGCAUUCUGACAACUGA